AUGAACAAGCAACAACAUCAGCAGCAGCAGCAACUACAGCAGCAGCAGCAACAGCAAAGACCAUUAAACAGUAGUGGAAAUAUUAAAAGUCAGAUAAUACACAAUAAACAACAGUCUCAACCUGAUCUAAUAAAACCACAGACAACACAUCAGCAAUCAUUACAGCAAAAAUCAAGCUCUACAAGUAAUUUAAAUAUAUUAAAUAAUAACAAUAAAAUAAAGAAAACUAAAUACUCUGCAAGCUAUUUGAAUCAAAUGAAUAAUAUCGAAAGUGAAAUCAAGAAAUGGAUAAAAGAGAAAUGUGAUACAUCUUUAUCAGAGGAUUUUUUAGAAAAAGAUUUAAUGGAAUCAUUAAGCACAGGAACGAUUCUAUGCGUAUUAAUCAAUACAAUUAAACAGGGUACUAUCCAAAAAAUACAUUUACAACCCACACAUUUACAAAAGAUUGAAAAUAUUAGAAAUUAUUUAAGGGCAUGUUGGUUAUUUGGUUUACAUUCAAAAUAUUUUUUUCAAAGCUCAUAUUUAUUAACUAUGGAAAAUGAUCCAAGUGAAAUUAAUAAUAAAAUAAAUAAUAAAAAUAAUAAUGAAGUAAUAGUGAUAAUAAGUCCAUCUAAAAUAAUUAGUAACAAUAGCAACAAUAAUAUAACAUAUACACUCACAAUCAACUUGGAACAUAAAGAAAAGAUUAUGAUAAAUUUAGCAGAGCUACGUAAAAUAUCUUUUAAAAUUAAAUCAUCUGGAAGUUUUUUAGCGCCAGGUAGCAGUGGAAGUAGUACAAAUCUUAGUACAGUCUCAACUCCACCAACACCAAUAAGUAUAAAUGAUAAUAGUAAUAACUCUAGUUCAACAUCUUCACCAAUUAUUUUAACAAACAACUCCAAUUCACCAUCGAUACAAGAUAAUAUAGCGAAUAAUAAUAAUAGUAAUAAUAUUAAUAUUAAUAGUAAUAGUAAUAAUAAUAAAUCAAUAUUAAAUAAAAAAUCAAAAAUAAUGAAAAAAGAUUUAAUUAUUGAUAGUGAUAGCGAUAGCAGCGAUUCAGAUAAUGAAACAAGAUCAACAACAUCUUCUUCCUCCUUAUUAUUAGGCAGUGAUGGUACACCAAUAAUAUUAUCACAAGACGAACCGUCGUCUAUAUCAUUUAAAUCGUUUAUAAAGGAGAUUAUCCAUUUAAAGAAUAGAAUUUCAAAACAAGAUAAAAUAAUAAAUGACCAAAAAGAUACAAUUGAAACAUUAGAAAAAGAUUUGGAGAAACAAAGGCAAUUAAAUAAACGAUUAGUAGAGAUUCCAAUGGACAUAUCAUCAUUCUUAGAAACAUCAGUAGAUCCAAAUGGAGCCAUUCCAGUAUCAAUCCAAGCAUUCACAAGGCAAAUUCAACAGAUACAAUCAUUGCAGCAACAAAACCAAUUAUUAGAAACAGAAAUAUCGAAAACUAAUGAACAUUUAGCUGGGCAUAUCAGAAAAAACACAAAGUUGGAAAAUGAAGUUUUGUUAAUCGAAAAUGAAUUAUUAAAUUUAAGAAUGAAAUAUGCAAAUACCCUUUCAAACAAUCCAACACCAAACAAUUUAGCCAAUAGCGGUACAACUACCAUGGUAUCUUCAAGAAGCCCAUUAUCUAGAACUAUUUCCCAACCAUUUCCAUUAAGAAAAUCAAUUUCUCAUUCAAAUAUUAUGGAAAAAAAUCAAAAUCCAAAUAACACUACAAACCCCUCAAUACAAACUUCACAAUCACAAUCAACUUCACCAUUAAAUUCCUCAUUAGCCAUACCUCAUUCAAAUAAUUCGAAUCUUAGUAAAUCAAAUAGUUUUGUAUAUAAUAGCAAUAAUAGUAACAGUAAUAGUAAUAAUAAUAUUAAUGGUAUUAACUCAGAUGAUGGUACAAGUUUGAAAACUAGUGGUAAUGGAUUAACAUUUAAAUUUUCAUCAGCAACUAGUAUAUUACCUCCAUUAAAAGUUUCAUCAACUCUACAACAAAAAAAACAAUUACAAUCCCAGCCAUCUCAACCAUCCCAGCCACCUCAACCACCUCAACCAUCUCAACCAUCUCAACCAUCUCAGCCAUCUCAACUAAAGAAAUCAAUAAAUCAAAACAAUACUUUACAAAUUGAAUCUCCAUUUUUAAUUUCAAAUCAAUUAAACAUACCGCAGCAAGAAUCAGAAUAUGAUAAAGAAUUGGUCGAGUUUGGUAAGAAAAUAGUAUCCGCGUUAUUAUCAUCAAGCAACCAUGUUGAAAUGACAGAUAUAUACAAGAUGAACAGUAUAUUUUCAAACGAAACAUCUCGUCGACAAAUUUGUAAAGUAUUAGACGAAGAAACCAAGGCUAAUCAACUAAAGUUGCCAAUGAAUGAAAAUUCAUUUGAAGUUACACUUUAUUUAAUCAACACUAUACUUCAAUCGAUCUAUGAAGCUACAAGUAAAGAUUAUUUUAGUUUAAAGUUAAUUAUGGAUUGCUCUAGAAUAUUAAAUCGAAAAAAAGUAAAUGGCAAUUGCGAAUUUAUACAAGAGUUUAUCAAGGAUCAUCCAACAUGGAAAGAUAUAGAUUUCUGGGAAGAACAGUAUUGGGAUGAAUUAGUAAUGAAGCAUGAACAAUUUGGCUCCACAGCAGAUUUCCUCGAGGUAGAUAGCGAACUAGUCAACACUCUAUUGAUUUCAUAUGUAUAUAAUUUAGAAAGCUGGGGUUUAUCAAAAGAUACUGUAAAACAAUUCUCUAUUUCAAUAGCAAAGAAAUCGUUCUUAAGAAAACCAGAGCUUGAAAAGCUAAUCGAACAAGUUACAUCAAUUGCAGAGCUUUCAUUCAAAUCUGAUCAAUGUAAAGGUGCACACUCAUUCGUUUUGAAAACUUUUAGGAUGAUUACCGAAUGCAACUAUUGUAAAGAAUAUAUUUGGGGUGUCAGAGGUAUCGUAGCGAGAGAAGCAUUUGAGUGUGUUGGUUGUAAAUAUAAAACACACAAGAAAUGUUUAAAAGAAGCCUCAGAGACAACAUUUUGCUCUUCUCCCAAUGUUGGUGCACCAUUUAAUGUUAAACAUGAGAUUCAUGUUGGUUUAGCUUUGCAAGGUAUACCCGAGCAAUGGCGUACUCUUUUAACUCAGUCUGGUUUCCAAGAUUGCGAAAUUCAACAACACCCAGAAGAUGUUUUGGAUGUUUUAGAAUUUCAUCAUGUAUAUAAUGAAAAAAACAAUAAUGGUAGUAAUUCAGUUAGAUUACCAAAUAAUAAUAAUAUCAUCAACAACAACAGCAAUAUAACAAAUAAUAAUGAUUUAAAUAAUUUAAUUAAAAAUUUCCAACAACAGCAUUCAACAUUUGAACAACCAAUCGAAAAUGGAUAUUUUGAAAAUGUUAAUGAUGAAUAUAAUAUUUCACCACCCAAUUCAAAUUUAAUGAUGUGUCCAUCAUCACCAGGAGGUAUUGACAAUUCAUUGCUAGCAAUUGAAGAACCAUCCUUUACAUUAAAAGACUUGGUUUCAUUAGAGAAUCCAAUGGAGCUAUAUAAGGACAUUGUUAAAAUUGGUAGUGGCUCCACAGGUCAAGUUUAUGUCGGUAUGAACUCUCAAACCAGUGAAAAAGUAGCCAUCAAGAAAAUGAAAGUAGACAACAAUAAUAUAAAAAAUAUAAUCAACGAAAUUUCAACAAUGAAAAAUUCAAAACAUAAAAAUUUAAUUAAAUAUGUAAAUUCUCAUUUAAUCGUAAAUCAACUUUGGUUAAUAAUGGAAUAUAUGUCAUAUGGUUCAUUAACUGACUUAAUUUCAACAAAUAUCACUAUUACUCAAAACAAUUUAAAUAAUCAAAACAAUCUUACAUUAGGCUCCACCUCCUCAAUUACCUCAGCAAUAUCAGCAUCAACUCAUAUGAGCACUUUAUCAAGUUCACAUUCAACAACUCCAACAUACUUUACAGAGUCUCAAAUUGCUUAUAUUUGCCAACAGGUUUUACAAGGCAUAGAUUAUAUUCAUAAAGGUCACAGAAUUCAUAGAGAUAUUAAAUCUGAUAAUAUUUUAAUUGGUAAAGAUGGUUCUGUUAAAAUUUGUGAUUUUGGAUUUGUUGCAAAUCUUACUCGAAAAAAAUUACAAAGAAAUUCAGUUGUAGGCACUCCAUAUUGGAUGGCACCUGAAUUGAUUAAAGGUAACCAAUAUAACCAUAAAGUCGAUAUUUGGAGUUUAGGUAUUUUAGCAAGAGAACUAUCAGAAGGUGAACCACCAUAUGCCAAGUAUCCACCAGUUAGAGCAUUGUUUUUAUUGACAAUGGAAGGCGUACCAGAAAUGAAAGAUCCAAACAAAUGGUCCAACGAGUUUAUAGAUUUUGUAAACCUUAGUUUAAAUUUAGAUGAUAAGCGUAGACCUGAUGCCCAUUAUUUAUUAAGACACCCAUUUUUAAAGAAAUCUUGUUCAGUAAAAGAAUUUUCAGAAAAAGUAAAAGAAAUUUUUAAUAUUAGAAAAAAUCAAUUCUCAGAUAUAAAUAUUUAA